AUGGACGCUACCUUUGGCUGGGCCGGCGCCGGCCACCAUGUUGACGAAUACUUCUCGCGCCAGGCAGCUGGAUGCGGCCGGUUCGACAUGGACGAGGCCUUCCUUGGGGUGUGCUUUGGGCAGCUCCAGUGCGACGGGGCCCUUAUUGGCGGCGGCGGCGGCGGCGACGCCGGAGCGUGCCAGGUGAGCUCGAAUGCGGGUGCCAUCGAAGGCGGCGCGGGUAUGGACUACGGUGACCCGCUCGCGUUCUUCAGCGCGGGGACGGGGGAUGUCUUCGACGCUGGCCUACUCGACGCGGCGCUCGCCUUCACCAGGGAGCUCGGCAACGGCGGGGCCGUGUCCAACGGCGGCGCCAUGCUCUCCAGCUACAGCGGCACCACCGGCGGAAACAUAUCCUCUGGGGAGUCAAACAACUACAGUGGCGGCGGCGGGCACGACGCCGAGGUGGUGUCGCCGACGUCCAUCAUGUCACCAACCACCACGGCGCCAGCGCCGCCGUUAACGUUUUCCCACGCGUCAUCCCACUCCCAGACCCAUCAGGAGGCGCACCACCACGUCAAGAGGAAGGUCAUCGUGAGCGAUGAGUACCCGGCGACGACCGCCAUCGCAACAACAAUAACUGCACCGCCACCGGCGCCGUUCCCGCGGCUCGCCGGCGGCGGCGCGAAGCGGCGUGCUGCAGCGACGACGAGCAUCAGCUUCGGCGGCGCCGGCCAUGUCGCGCGCGAUCCCAGCGCCGCCGGGUACGAGCUGGACAUGGAGGCGAUGGCGCAGCUGAAGGAGAUGAUCUACCGCGCGGCGGCGAUGCGGCCUGUCAACCUGGGCCCCGAGGUCGUCUCCGCGGCGGCCGCGGAGAGGCCCCGGCGGAAGAACGUGCGCAUCUCGAGCGACCCGCAGACGGUGGCGGCGCGGCUGCGGCGGGAGCGCGUGAGCGAGCGCCUGCGCGUGCUGCAGAAGCUGGUCCCCGGGGGCAGCAAGAUGGACACGGCGUCCAUGCUGGACGAGGCGGCCAGCUACCUCAAGUUCCUCAAGUCUCAGGUCCAGGCGCUGGAAACCCUAGGCAGCACGACCAACACCAACAACAGCACGAGCACCAUCAGCAGCAGCACAGCAAGCAGGUCGCAGCAAUACAACUAUUACGGCGGCGGCGGCAGCAAUAAUCCUGCAGGGUUUCUCGGAUUUGCAGCAGGAAGGAGCAGUAACAUUAUUUCUCCAGCUGGGUAUGUAAAUCCGAGCGGAUCGUCGAAUACUAGCAGCAAACUACUGUUGUAG